AUGGUUGUGGCUAUUCUUGUUCUGAUGUUCCGGAAGCUCAAAUCGGCCGCGAUGCCGAUUGCGAUGAACCGUAGGGCAGCCAUCAGCACGACUUGCCAUCCAUCGCCAGACGACAUCGGUGCUCUGGAGAAGCCUGUUAUUAGGGCACAGGCUGACAUGGAAAUGCUAGAGCUUUCUACAUUCCUAGGGCCCGGCUUACCGGAGAUCGACAAAAUGCCGCCGCUGCACUUUCACAUCAAAAGACGUCGUUGGGCCGAGUCCUGA